AUGCGCUUCUCGUUCCUCUCUGCGGCUGCAACCGCCGCGCUGGCCGUCGCUCCGGCGUCGGCAGCCACCGCCGACCCUGUCGAUGCCCUGGCCAGCAAGGCCCUCGCAACCAAGGUCGCCUAUGUGGCGGCCGAGGGAGCUUCCAACUCCAGCUGCAACAUUAACAAUGCGGCUGUCCGCAAGGAAUGGGGCUCGCUUGCACCGGCGGACCGCAAGAAAUACACCGAUGCUGUGCUCUGCUUGAUGUCCAAGCCCCCCCGGUCCGACCCCACCUGGGCCCCUGGCGCCCGGAACCGCUUCGACGACUUUGUGGCCGUCCAUAUCAACCAGACGCUCUAUAUCCACGGCACGGGUAACUUCCUUACCUGGCACCGCUACUUCACCUGGGCCUACGAGAACGCGCUGCGCACCGAAUGUGGCUACGACGGGUACCAGCCGUACUGGGCGUGGAACAAGUACGCUGCCAACCCCAUCAACUCGCCGGUCUUCGAUGGCACCGAGUACAGUAUGUCGGGUAACGGUGACUACGUCGCCCACAACGGCACCCCGGCCACCGCGUACACAACCAUCCCGCCGGGUGUGGGUGGUGGCUGCGUCCGCAAUGGCCCCUUCGCCAACAUGACCGUCAACCUGGGCCCCGUCGACCCCACCCUGCAGAUCCCUGGCCUCGUGGCCCAAAACGGCAGCGGACUGGAUUACAACCCCCGUUGUCUGCGUCGGGACAUCUCCCCCUGGACCGCUCUCGGCUGGACGAAGAGCAGCGACGUCAUCAGCUUGAUUGAGAAUUGCGACAACAUCUCCUGCUUCGAGUGGACCAUGCAAGGGUUCUUCGAGGAAGGCUUCCUGGGCGUUCACACGGCCGGCCACUUCACCAUUGGUGGAGAUCCGGGUGGCGAUCUGUACGCCUCGCCCGGUGACCCGGCCUUCUACUUGCACCACGCCAUGAUUGACCGCACCUUUUGGAUCUGGCAGAACCUCAACCCGGCCAACCGGACCUACGUCGUCAAGGGCCCCGACUUCAUCGAUGGUCUCAUGCCGUCGCCGAACACCACCAUCCACGAUCUCCUGUACAUGGGCAACCUGACGGUGCCGCGCGAGAUCUACGAUGUGCUGGACACCACCGCUGGUACUCCGCUGUGCUACAUCUACGAGUAA